AUGAAAUCUUAGAAUUCUAAAAAACCUAAUCUGAAGAUUACACUCAAUAAGAAAUCGAUGGCAUAAUUGGUGCAAUCGGACAAGCCUCCAAGUUCCAAAUGUUCUUAGAAAACAACAUCAUCGAAUGGAAAGGUAAGAAUUAUGGCGUAUAUGAAUGAUUUAGACAACUGCUUCUUCCAAGUAGUUGUGUUUCAAAUUCCAAGACAACUAUUCAACGGCUAACCCAUCGGUAAUUUCAGAGGGCGAGAAGAAAUGUAAAAUAUUAUAAAUAAUCCAUAGCACUCGAUCCAGAUCAAUCAUAACUGAUUUAAUUGCUGAUUCAAGAAAAUUUGUAAUUGCAAAAGCAAAACUCAGACAAGGACACCAUUAUUUCUAAACUUAUUACAAACAAAAAACCAGUCAUUUUAUAAAGAGCCAAUACAUCAAAUACCGAGAGGAGUCCUGAAAAAUGCUUUUAAAUGUAUUAUAUGCAAUAAGAAGAUCUAGUAAAAAGUUGCAGCAAAACACUUGUCAGAAGAAAUCGAUUUCUCCUCUCGGCUUCACAUUUUGUAAUGUUGAUUAGGAGGACGAAGAAAAAGUCAUCCAAAGUCAACCAAUGACGAGGUCUCAGAAGAGACUUCCCAAAGAGUUUUAAAUUGUACCAAAUCAGAGACGGUUUUUCAUCUGA